AUGACCCAAAAAUACGAAAGAUACCUUAAUUGGUUAAAAGACAAAAACCUAUCCCCGAACAGCAUUCGGGUUUAUAUGGAUACUCUGACGAGAUUUCCCGUCAAAAUCACUACUCCCAAUUUACGGGAAUAUUUUUUAGCCCAGGUGAAGUAUUACGAGCCUGCUAGUUUAAACCGAAUUAUCCCCAGCAGCCAACGGAAAUUUUUUGUUACGAUUGACGAGAAAGAGUUAAGUCAGUUAAAAGCAGCCCAAGUCGAGAAAAGUCCAGAAUCAUUGAAAAGGGAAGCAAUUAAAAAUCCACGGCAAAGGCAACAAAGUUCGGCCCGAACCAAAGAAGCCAAUAUUAGGAAACGAAUAACUCCUCACACUUUUAGACGAAGUUUUGCCACUCUGCUUCAUAAUAACGGGGCUCAAUUAACGACUAUUCAAAAGUUAUUAGGCCACACCGAUUAUGAAAGCAAGCAACCCCAGCAUAAAAGCCAUGAAGAACAACCAUCGAGCAGAUAA